AUGUUUCAGCCUCUGUACCAACACGUCGUCGAGGAACGCCGAGUCGCAAAGCGGCUGCCCUCGUAUGCUGAACACACGAGCGGCGGACACGCUCGCGAGGCGGUGUUGGCCACCAUCGAGGAGACACUCGACAGACUCGGUCCGCAGCUGCGGCAGCUCAGCCUGGACAUUUGGAGCCAUCCCGAGACCUUGUGGGAGGAACGACACGCCCAUGAUGCGCUCACGUCGUUCAUGUCUGAGCACGGCUUCGACGUGACUCCGCAUUACCUCGGCCUCGCCACGGCCUGGCGCGCCGUCUACUCUCGUGCGCCUUCGGUCGCCGGUGGCGGCGCUGCAGCGGCUCCCCGCGUUAUUGGGAUAAACUCUGAGAUGGAUGCGCUCCCUGGCAUCGGCCAUGCUUGCGGGCACAACUUGAUCGCGAUGGCCGGGGUUGGAGUCGCCCUUGCGGUCAAAGCCGUGCUCGAGCAGCAUGAUGUCCCGGGGAAGAUUGUCCUGCUCGGGACACCUGCCGAAGAGGGCGGAAACGGCAAGGGGAUCUUGUUGGAGCGCGGCGCGUACGAAGACAUGGACGCCUGCAUAAUGUGCCACCCGUCCGCUGGUGAGCCCAACACAGCAUCUCUUGGCCCGUCGUUGGCCAGGCAGGAAGUCGACGUCGAGUUCUUUGGACACGGAUAUUCCAUCUAUGCGCUCGCUCAUCUCAGCGCACACGCCGGCGCAGCCCCAUGGGAGGGACAGAACGCUCUGGAUGCCGCGUUUCUUGCGUACUCGAGCGUAUCCGUACUUAGACAACAAAUCAAGCCCACCCACCGCGUGCAUGGCAUUGUCAUCGGAAAGGACUGGGCCCCGAACAUCAUACCUGACAACGCGCAAAUGCGCUGGGUCGUGCGCGCGCCCACCUGGGACGAAGUGGAGACCCUCAGCAAGCGUGUAGUGGCAUGCUUUGAGGCGGCGGCACACGCUACCUCUUGCAAGUUCAAGAUCGGUACCGGCGCCGGAGCCUAUGACUUGCGGCAGAACAAGCCACUUGGCCAGGAAUUUGCCCAGAUUGCCAAGCGUUAUGGAGUCACGGCUGAAUUUGACGGAGGAAUGUCCGCUUCAACCGAUUUUGGGAAUGUUACUUACGCUCUUCCGUCACUUCAUCCUGGUUUUACUAUUCCGACGCAGCCCAACGGCGGAAACCAUACGCCGCAGUUCACCGAAGCAGCUGCCACACUGGAUGCACACUCCAAGACGAUCACAGUUGUCAAGGCUUUAGCCGCCGUGGGGUUCCGUGUUCUCGAUGAUGCUGAGUUUGCAAAGAAAGCCAAGUUGGCGUGGGAGGAGGAUAUGCACAUGGAACACAUGUCCCGGUAG